AUGAAGAGCCCUUGGGAGCUAGCCGACCAGUCCAAGUAUUGCCGCUUCCACCAGCAAAACGGACACGACACAGAGGAAUGCCGCAAGCUGUCGUGGCAGAUCAGGGAGCUCCGCCGCGGAGGACACCUCAAUCCCUACGCUCAAACAGGCAGGGAUCCCUCGCCCUGCCCGGACGGCCCCAUUGAGUGCCUCAUCAAUGUCAUCACGGGGGGCCCAGCGUCCGGCGGGGUCAGCAUGUCCGGAAGAAAGGCGUAUGCCCGUUCGGCCAGGGACGACGCCCCCCGUGGCACCCUCGACCCCCGGGUCGCAUUUCCCCCCGAGGACGCUGAGCGACCAGAGCACGAUGACGCGCUCGUAAUAAUGGCCAGAAUCGUCAAUGCCCAGGUAAGAAGAAUCAUGAUAGACACGGGAAGCUCAGCAGACGUGUUGUUUUACGGUGCCUUCCAUAAGCUAGGACUUGUUGAGGAGGCUUUGGAGCCCAUCCAUUCGGCCCUCACUAGGUUCACUGGCGACUCGAUUUCACCACUGGGAGCUGUCACUCUGCCCCUGACCUUGGGAACGCUGCCCAGGACCAAGACGGUGAUGUCCACCUUCCUAGUAGUGGAUCUCCCCAUAGCAUACAAUGCCAUCCUCGGUCGUCCCUCCCUCAACAAGAUCAGAGCCCUAGUCUCCACCUACCACCAGACCGUGAAGUUCCCGACCCACGCGGGAACAGGUGAGGUCUGGGGUAGCCCUCGGGAAUCCAGGCAGUGUUACUUGACGGUGGUUUCCCUGUGUAAAAGGGCAAAGAUCGAUAGACCCCUGGAUGACCCAAGGGAAAAGAAGCAGCCGAACCCACAUCCCGCGCCGUCGGCACCCACCUGCGAAGUGUCGUUGAUAAAAGACCGCCCGGACCGAACCGUCAAGGUCGGGUCGGAAAUGCCCGUGGAGGAACGGGAACAGCUCGUCGGCUUCUUGCAAGAGAACGCCGACAUCUUCGCCUGGUCGCCAUCCGACAUGACGGGCAUAGAUCCGAGGGCCACCCAACACCACCUCAACAUAUCACCAGACGCCCGGCCGGUAAAGCAAAAACCGCGACCCCAGGCCCCGGACAGCCUCAAUCAUGCAUGCCCAAAAGACUGCUACCCGCUCCCGAGGAUUGAUCAGCUCGUGGACGCAACGGCUGGGCACGCCCGCCUCUCGUUCAUGGACGCCUUCUCGGGCUACAAUCAGAUCCGAAUGGCACUCGAGGACCAGGAACAUACGACCUUCAUCACCAACCUAGGAGUAUAUUUUUACAAAGUGAUGUCGUUCGGGCUGAAGAAUGCAAGCGCAACUUACCAGAGAGCUGUAGACAAGAUGUUUGCCUGGCAAAUAGGGCGAAACAUAGAAGUCUACAUGGAUGACAUGAUUGUAAAAAGUCACGUCCCGACAGACCACCUAGCCGUCCUGUUCGAAACAUUCGCCACUCUUCGAAGCUUUGGUCUGCGACUCAACCCUGCAAAAUGUGCCUUCGGCGUCGGUUUGGGAAAGUUCCUCGGAUUCAUGGUACAUGAAAGAGGAAUCGACAUCGACCCAGAAAAGGUCCAGGCAAUCAUCGACAUGCAAGCCCCUCGGACGGUUAAAGACCUGCAGCGACUGAAUGGAAGGCUGGUUGCCCUAUCCCGAUUCCUAUCCCGGUCGGGCGAUCGCUGCCUCGCUUUCUUCCUCGCGAUAAGAAACCCGAAGGAUUUUUAA